UGCAUUGUCUACCUUUCCACCUUCCCAUCCUCCUCCCGUUCCGGCCAACACCACCCUCUCCUCCCAUGGCCUCCGCCUCCGCCUCCCUCUCGCUGGCGUUCUCCCCUCUCCUCCUCCCUACCCCGCGACCCCGACCCUACUCGCGACCCAUCAACCCGGGGUUUCCUACCCCCCUACGGCUCAGCCUUGCGUGCUCGCCGCCCUCCCGUCGCGCCGGCCCGGUUGCCGCGGUCCCGGACGGCGUCGCCGUCGCGGACGUAGUGGAGAAGGACUGGUCCUUCCUCGAUGCUGCGGCGGCGGCGGCGGCCGCGGGCGGCAGCCUCCCCCGCGCGCUCGCGGCGGGGGCCCUCUCCCCCGCGUCGCGGGUGCUGGCCGUGACCCCCGCGCCGUCCUUCGUGGACGCCCUCCUCUCGGGGCACCCCUGCGAGCUCCUGGUGGCCGCGCACGAGUCCCUGUACGUGCUGGCGGGGAUCAAGGAGGGGCACGACGAGGUGAGGUGCUUCCACUUGGAGGGAGGCGGAGGCGGCAGGGGAGGCGGAGUGGUGGAGGGCGUGCCGGAGAGGUUCGACGCGUUCGACGCCGUGUUCGUCUGCUACUUCCCCGGGAUGGGUGUCUCGGCCGCCGCGCUGCUCAAGUCGCUGGCCAAGAGAUGCUCCAAAGGUGGAAGAGUUGUCAUCUUUUUGGAUCAAGGACGGCAAAGUUUGGAGCAACAUCGCAGGGAACAUCCUGAAGUUGUAACUGCCGAUUUGCCUACCAGGCCUUCUCUAGAGAAGGCUACUGCCGGUAGCAAGUUUGAAAUAUUAGAGUUUGUUGACGAGCCUACUUUGUAUCUUGCUGUUUUGCAGUUUCAAUGAUGAACUUGUUGAAAACAACAAAUUAUAUAGACAGCUUGCCAUCCAUGCCGGCGAGAAUCAACUCGGCUUUGUAGUUUGUAGAUAUGCAAGAAAUUAUUGCAAAGUUAAUGAUCCUUAUGGCAGCCAAGUUACUUUGUAGUAUCCCUGUUGACAUAUGGGAAUUACCAGAAGCACUGGCAGUUAAGGGCAUUUACGAUUAGAUGAAGCCCUGCGCUUUACUGUGGGAUAUAUGGAUGAAUUUAUGUUAAAUGUCGUAGGACUAAUCGAUAGA